AUGUGGAGUGAAUUGCCCCUCCUUGAUGCGUCAUUUUCGUCACAAACCACAUCCAAAGCCCUCCCCUCUACCUUGACCCUGAAAAGCCACAAAGACACUUCUUCCUUGUUCUUCCUCUUUCUGGUGCUCAUUUUUGUGUGCUGGUGCCCCAAAUCCUCUCCGUUCCUGGACACCCAUGGACAUGUUUUGGAUCCCUCUUCUCACCAUCCUCACACUCCUCCACCAAACCACCGCGCGCUCAGCAUCUCCCAGCUGAGGAUGGAGGAUGCCGGGACCUACUCUGUAACCAUUGAUACAAAAAGAUCCACUUUCACCCUUCAGCUGUUCGGAGAGCUGGCAGAGCCCAUGGUGACCUGCGAGGCCCAGAACUGCUCGGACGGGAGCUGCAGCUUCUCCCUGCGCUGCUCCACGCCCGGCGCCAGCCUCAGGAACGUCUCCUACAGCUGGAGGGUGCGGGAUCAGCCGUGGGAUGGGGACUCCGUGGUGCUGCGGGUGAACGAAUCAUCCCGGGAGGAGCCGGAGACGUUGACGUGCAUGGCAUGGAACCCCGUCAGCAGCAGGAGCUUCACCGUCACCAUCCCCGGGGUGCUCUGCUCAGGUGAGAGCUGGGGACAGGUGGGGAAAGGUGGGAUGGACCGAUCCUGA